GCUUAUUUUGGAUAUCACAUGACCUACGAACAGAUAAACAACUGGUGAUAGAUCAACAGAUGAAACACUACUGAUAGUGAUAGCAAGACCAAGGCCAAAAGAUUUACGAGGUGAUCAAAGGUUUAGUGCAUUAUUAUCUGGUUAAUUUACACGUCAAGCAAAACUUUUCUUACCUGAAAUUUGUAUGUAAAAUAGCAGAGCUUAAUUACUAUUAAUUAUAUUAUAAUUCAUUGGCUAGUAAUUAAUAUUACUAGCCCAUAUAAUGCCAUAUUAUAUGGCAUAUACCCGACUUUUCGCGGGUUUGUAUUUCUCAUUGUCAUUUGUAUUCCGAAAAAAAUCUGAUAUUAUAAGCGAACACGUGACUUAUUCAAAAAUACUCAGCUAAAGUAAAUAUUACAAUUUUCUUCUUUAAAAGGCCAGAUUUGUAAUAAUAAUAACUAUUGUAACUGUAAGAAAUGAGUUUGUGCCCCAUCCUGUUUCAGUUAAUGGCUAUAAUAAUUAUAAUAAUAUUCCUAUAUUUUCCAUAUGUAGUUUUUCACUCUGUAUCUCAUUCAAAUAUAGGUAAGGACUUACUAAGGCUUCGACAAUCAUAAAAGUUUUUAAAAAAAUUCUGCAAGUAAGAUGUGUUUAUUCUAAGUCUCUAAGUGUAAUUAAAAAAUAACUGCAUGCAUAUAUAUUAACCGAUACCAGUAAAAUUCCCAGGAAAGUAUAGAAAUCUAUAAAACUAAAAUUUCCAGAAACUUUUAGAUCAGGGGUGGCCAACCUUUUCAGUAAGCGGGCCAAAUUUGUGAAAUAAUAUUUCCUGCCAGGCCAUGCACCAAAUUUUUAAAAAUUAAUAAAUAAAGUUAACAAGGAAAUGUGCUACAGCUUCGACCACACCGUUGCUUCCCAGUAGGUGAGAUCUUGGUUAAAUGCUUGCCUCGUUUAAUCUAAAAAAAAAAAACAAGAAAGAGGUAUAUUUUUUUCUGUAAGAAAAUAAAACAUAACUGAGAAUAAAACAUGUUUAUUAUUAGACAAUUUAAAAUUAUUUAAAAGUGAAACAUCUGAAUUUGUUUUGUAGAAUUAAGUGCAUCAAAAUUAAUCUCGAUUGAUGUUGUUGCUACAUGCGAAUAGUUUUCCAAAUGAACAUCAGUAAUUCAAUUUCUCACUUCUGAUUUGAUGUGUUUCAAACAACUCAAAAGCUGUUCACAUGCAUAAGUGUUUUCAAUAGUGAAACCAUCGACAGAGCAUGUUUGUAAAAUGCAAGAUAUUUAUCCUUGUCCAAAUACGUUUUAUUAAAAUCUUCCAAACCAACUUGAUGGAAUUUCUCUUUUAAUUGUGCAUCACAACACAUUUCACAAUGUUCCCAUUGUAAUCUUCCAGGUAAUAAAUUCACGUCAAACGCGAAUAGAGUUGCAAAUGCACAAAAAAGCAUAUGAUGUUGUUUUUUAAAUCCUGAAAUCGGUUUUCAAAUUCAAGGUUUAAGUCAGAUAUCAAAGAAGCGUAUUUAUCCGUUGCCUCCUGUGUGACGUCUGGUUGGAAUGACGAUGUAGGAAAGUGAGUAAAGUUUUUUGUUGUAAAAAGAGAGUAAACUAUUGUUCCCAAAGACCAAGUUUCAUUUGAAAUGCAGAAAUAUGAUCAUACAUUUUAUUAAUUAAUUGAUCUUUUCCUUGUAGAUGAGUAUUAACAUCAUUUAGGUGGCUAGCUAUAUUGACCAGAAGUGCAAAUAAGCAAACCCACUUUUUGUCUUCAAACUCUGAGAUACUUAUUGACUUGGUUGAAAAGAAUGAUUGUAUUUCUUGCUGCAAAUCAAAAACUAUUUUCAACAUUUUGGCACGGGACAACCAUCUUUCUUCUGCAUGAAAUGUAGCGUCAUUAUAAUCUGAGUCCAAAGACUUUAGAAAUUCUUGGAACAGUGAUUCAACCUGUUUGACUAAAUGUAGAUAACUAAUUUGACGACCACUUUCGUGACAUGGUCAAUUUUGAGGGCCUUCAAACAUAAAUUCUCCUGAUGUAUAAUGUAAUGAAAAUUUAGCAUUGAGGUAUUACCGACUUUGGAGGUCUCAUUUUCAAACAAUUUUACUAAACCUUCGUUUCUCCCAACCAUUACUGGAGUACCAUCCGUUGUUAAGCCAGAUAAGUUGUUAAGUUGUAAUGAAAAGCAAUACAAUGUCCUUGUAAAUGCGUCUAAAAAAUAUUGUGACAAAAAUAUUAUGGAUAAAGUGCCGCUAUUUCUUUUGUCUUCUUGAAAUUGACAUCAACACUCAUGACAAAAAAUGACCAGUUGGGCAGUAUCUGCCACAUCUUUGCUUUCAUCCAAUGCUAGAGCAUAAAAUAUAAACACGGAUGCUGUUUUCAAAUUAUCUUCAAUAUGUUUUCCAAAUUCGUUCACACGCCUAGUAAUAGUCUGACGAGACAGACUUAUUUUUUAGAAAUCCUCCUUCUUUUCUGGACACAGAAUUUCAACGAUGCUCUCCAAACAUUCCUUAAUCAUUUCACCAUUUGAAUAUGGCGUUGAUAUUUUUGCUAGUACCAUGGCUACUGCAUGCGAGAUAUUUCAAAUUUUCUUAGCUAUAAUUUUAAAAUAUAUGAUACAUACAAACAACUGAUGAUGAAUGUUCUUUUAUGUGAUAUGUACAAUAAAGUUAACAUUUAAUGUUCAUUUGACCUAGCUCCGCGGGCCGCAACAUGACUUGCAGCGGGCCACAUGCGGCCUGUGGGCCAUGUGUUGGCCACCUCUGUUUUAGAUUCUUUUGACAUUUUGAUAAUCUUUAAUGCCACAUUGAACAAUAUAGAACUUGCUAGAAAAUUCUGUAGUUUUUUUAAAACCUUCAAAUAAUUUGUAAAAUAUUAAUCUUUCUAUGUAGACCUUAUCUUGAGACUAAAACAUCUAAAACAAAAUGUUGUAACCCUAUAGUUUUACAUUAAAGUUCAAUUAAGGACAUGUUAGGUCCCAUUCUAUAAGGUGAUGUUUUAAUUAUCACACAGGUAGGGACCCUAAAUAGCCAAGUAACAUCUUAUAAGUUGUCCUUUUAAAAUCGGUUUAAAAGAUUUAAGAGAUAUAGAGUAAUUAAGGAAAAUGAAAUUAAUAUCCCUGACAGUUGUGAAUAUUAUUAAUUUAAAACCCUCCAGUUUUUCAAUAUAAAUUUUUAAGUCCAUUUUUUAAAAAUUUUACUCUAGAUCUAUCCAUUAAUUAUAGCUAAUAAAUGUUGUUGUUUUAUUAGUUUAUUGUAAAUUUCUCAUUUUCCCUGUUCCAAAAAUUUAUAUUACACUGAAAUAGUAUCGCUAUCCACAUAAAAUGAAUAGACCCAUUCAGGGAAGUAGUUUCACUAAAUGCUGAGUUGGGGCUAAAUCACAAAAUUACAAUUUCCUUUUGCACAUAUACAUCUACUAUAUAAAAUUGGUAAUAAAAUUUAUAAAAGUACGCCCAUGACUGUAAACCCCUAAGUACCCCAAAGUACCCUUUAUGAACGCCCCUGAACUAUGUGAUAAUUCUAAUGUAUUAUUUUUUUUAAAAACAUUGAAUAAAGCUUUAUUUUAAAUACUUGCACCAAACAAAAGCACACCAAAAACCUUCCUUUAAUAGUUUUUUUGAAAGUCCAGCAUUCUGAAUAAAGGGUUAUUAAAACUUGCAUAUACUAAAAAUAACUUAACUUGAAUGUCCCUGGAAACCAUUUCAUUUACUCUUUACCCUCUGCAUUUUAAAUACAUUUUUUGAGACAAGAGGAUUAUGACCAAACUUUCCAGGAGUCAUCUGUAGGUCAGGAGGAAUGACCAUGUCAAAUUGGUUUCUGAUCCAUUUUUGGUUUUCUUUGGAUUGAUGGACCCAUCCACAAAUAAACAUAGUCAGACUGAGCUUUAUAUUGUUGAUUUUUGUGUGUGUGUUGUAUUUGUAUUAAUUUCUAAUAAUAUUGUAAAACAGUUUCCCAUUGAUUACCUGAUUAGUGUUCCAUAGAUUUUUAAGAGGAACAAUGAAAAAAUGUCUUAUUAUUAAAUUGAUAAGAAGAGGUAGAUUUCUAUCUCUGACAACCCAAUUUUGUUGUUGUUUUUUUUGAAGUGUGGGGUGUGACUUAUGUGACAACUGGCAUUUUCAUUUUAUUACACCUUCCAGUCUUAAAUGCAAAACUUUGUUUAUAUUUUGCUAUUAUUAACAAAUAUAACUUUAUUUCUUUUUGUGAAUGAAUGAAGGAGUAUUAUGGUAAACAACUAUGUCUUAAGAUUUUAGAAUAAAAAUUCUAAACCAUUAAUUACAUACCAAAAUAUCAGAGUAAAUGCUUUGCAGGUCACAAAAUCCACUUCACUGCAAAAAUGUUAUCAGUGUUACUCAUAGCAAAGCAAUUUAUUAUUAGAAAACUGUGAAGUAAAACGAAAAAAAAAAAAGGUCACUGACAAGCCAAAUGUACUAUUGCCACAAAAUUUUUUGCAUCAUUUUUCAACUUGGGUAGAAUGGUGCACCAAUUGUGUAUCAAAAUACCUAAUUAUGUAUUUAUAGUAUUAAAUGUAUCAGCCCGUCAUUAUCUAAUGAAAAUAUGAGGCUGAAAGCUAUUAUUUAUUCACAACAAUAAAUUUAUUUUCCAGUCCUUGAAACAUGGCACCCUCAUCCGCUACUGGAGCAGGCAUUCUCUAUCAGUAUACCAACUGUCGAAUUCUGAGAGGAGGAAAGAUUUUUCGUGAUGAUUUGUGGGUUAGAAAUGGAAUCAUCAUGGACCCAGAAAUACUAUUUUAUGUUGAAAAAGUCUAUGCAGAUGAAAAAAUUGAUUGCCAGAAUAUGAUUAUUGCCCCAGGGUUUAUUGAUGUGCAAAUAAAUGGUGAGUAAAUUAUUAAAAUCAUUUUUUUUUUCUUUAUUUAAUUUUCAGACAAAUAAUAAAUUCAAAUAAUUAAUUUAAAUGAGAGAUUCCGUAGCAGAGUAGUUGCUUGAUUAAUUUUUAAAACCUUUUUGCCUAUUUCUUUUUAUUGAUCUGAGGAUCCCUGAAAACAUUGAAUAAGAGCUUUUAAAAAGCACAUUUCUACAGGUGGUUUUGGUUAUGACUUCUCUACUGAUGCAAAUGUGGAGGAAGGUGUUAAAAAAGUUGCUCAUGGUAUUCUUGCACAUGGAGUCACCUCCUUCUGUCCUACUGUUAUCACUUCAACACCCGAGUUUUAUAAGAAGGUUUGGAUAUCUUUUUAAUUUCUUUUCUGCAGUCUUAGCGUAAAGGAUGAUUUUGUUUUAAAAUUGAAAAAAAUUAUGAAAAAAUAUUUGGGAUCAGCUACCCAGGUCACAUAAGAAAUGGAAAAAGUCUGAGGUUGCAUAGAGAGAAAAUAAAUGAUAUAAUUAUAGAUUUUGAUCAAUUAUUAUUUUUUGAUUUAUGAUUAUUUAGUAGUCAUUUAUUGAAACAAUUCAAAAUGUAGUUUGGGAAAUUUUUUAAAAUUAUAAAAAUUAAUAGCAAAAGAAAUUUGUUUUUGGUUAAGUUCAAAGAGUAUUUCUAAUGGAGUUUUGCUAUGUGCAAGAUAUUCAAAAUAAAUAAACCCUUGGAAUGUUUCAGUUUAUUUGCAUUGCUAUUAUAAGGCAGCUUUUUUGACUUCAUUAGGUUUUAUUUAAUUAAAAAUUUCCAUCUUCUUUUUAGCUUCUUCCUCGAAUCAAGAAAUGUAAUGGAAGUGAAAAGGGUGCAGGUGUCAUUGGUAGGUGGUACAUAAUAUCUUUAUUUUAUUUCUCUCUUUUUUAAAAAUAAUUUAAUAAAAUGUUUUAAAUUGAUUAGUGUACUUGUUUGAUUAGCAUUGACUCUGGGCCAACUUGUAUUCGUGGACAUCAACCUUGCCAGAUAGAGGGGGCUAUGAAUCUUUGACCUGGGGAGCUAUUAAGAGCAACAGCUAAGGCUGUUGUUUUCCAAAUGUAAAAUGAUUUAAUAUGAGAUGAAAUACCACCUCAUUAACAAAUAAACUUUUAAAGUUUUGACUGGUUUCAAGGUGUGAAACAGCUCAUUCUUUUUACUCAUCUGGUUAGUGAAAUGUUAUUCAAUUUUUUUUUUUUUUUUUUUCCUCUUUAUUAGGCAUCCAUGUUGAAGGACCUUUCAUUAGCUCAGAAAGAAUCGGAGCCCAUCCAAAGCAGCUAGUGAGGGACUUUGAUAACGGAUUUUCUGAUGUGCUUACCACUUAUGGAGACAUUACAAAUAUAGCAAUUGUUACUUUAGCUCCUGAGAAGAAGAAUUCCUUGAGUGUGAUUGAAGACUUCUGCAAACGUGGAAUAGUUGUUUCAGUUGGUACGUUAACUGCAUCAAUGUUUGAAAACAAUUUGUAAACUAAAACCUGUCAUAAGUUAUUUUCAAUUAUUGUUAGGCAAAUCAAAUUUUUGAUGAUCAUUAUCAAAGUGUUAAAUGUUACUACAACAUCUAGUCAGGGUCCACUCCAGUGGAUAAUUAUGCUUUUAUGUGUAGGACUGCACCUAAACAUAGGAAGUUAUUUUUUUCAGUUAGAGCAGUUCUCAAUUAUUUUAAUAAAAAUUGUUUCAGCUUUUAGUCAAUUGUUUUAUAGUUCAGAAAAUAGUUUAAACAUAUAAAGUUUGUAAAAAAAAAAAGUUAUUUAUGACCAAUAGAAAACUCUCUGUAACAAACCUAUUUUUUCCAGAACUUUGAAAUGUUUCCAGUGUCAGAGACUAUAGCUAAUAAAUGUUGUUGUUUUAUUAGUUUAUCGUAAAUUUCUCAUUUUGCCUGUUCCAAAAAUUUAUAUUACACUGAAAUAUUAUUUUUCACUGAACUAGCAUAAUAAGGCUACAGGUAUACUGUAAAAUGAACUAUAGUUUUGUCCUGACUUUAACAACUGAUAUUUUUAACAUUUUUUUUAAUAGGUCAUUCCAGUGCAAACUUGGUAGAGGGUGAAGAAGCAGUUCGAUCAGGGGCUAGGUUUAUCACACACCUCUUUAACUGCAUGCUUCCCGUGAGUUGCAAUGUUUUGCUUAAUCAUCUAUUUUUAGUAAUGGAUCUUUUUAUUAAAAUAACUUUUAAAAUAAAAACAGAUUUUAUAUUCCAUCAAAUUAAAAAUCCUAAACAAAUCUUAAUGUCAUAAGGAAAUUAAAUCAAGAUAAAUUUAUUUAUUUAGGCAUUUUUGUAUAGCGCUUACCUUACAGCUCUAAGCGCUUUACAAUUAUUAAAAAUAUGUAAACUAUUUAAACUGCUAAAGUAAAAUAAAAAAUGAAAAUUCAUGUCUUUCCUGUUAAAAGUCUGUUAUUUUAUUAAAAAUUAAAAUUAAAUAAAAUGAUAUUUAAUCUCUAAAUUUAAAUAGAAAAAUAAGUCAAUUAUCAUCAUCUUGUAGCCCCCUAACGCUACCCAAUUAUCUUUCUCCACUUAUUUCUAUAUUUCCCCACUCUUUCAAUGUCCUCUAAGCCAAUGUCGAAUAUAAACAAUCAUUCUUCCCAUGCACAAUAAUUGCUUGGAACCACCUGGACAAUGCCGCCGUGGACUUCAAUCUAGAGCUUCAAGGCUGCCCUGGCAUUGGCUAGGAGCCGUUAGGAUAGCAGCAUCGCUUCCCCCAACCGUUGCACAUAUGCCAGUACAUGGAUGCAGCAACGUACUCUACCAGAACCCAUUUGUCCCCUUGAGUUUCACAUCAGAGCUUGCCUGGUAUGGCUUUAAAUGCCCUUCCCUAUGUAAUUCACAGCCACUUCCUUUCUAUGUGGUGUUUGUUUGAUAAAGUUUUGGUCUUUUGCCCCAAGUUUGCAUUUAUGUCUCGGUCUGCAUUGUAACGUCUUGUAAUUUUGAACAUUUUAAUAGGUUGGAGAUAAUACAAGAUGUUACAAAACAAAAUGAGUAACAAAAGCAAACUUGGGGCAAAAGACCAAAACUCUAUCAAGACAACACAACAUAGAUUGCUUAUGAAAACUGGAUCAAGGAAUGAAAUGUUUUCAGAAAUUUAAUUUACAAGCAGUGAAUGGAAAUGACCUUUUAUUUCUUUUGUCUAUUAGUUUCACCAUCGAGACCCACAUCUUGUUGGCUUGUUGACCAGUGAAAAGCUUCCACGCAAUCGCCACAUUUAUUAUGGUAUUAUUGCUGAUGGCAUCCACACACAUCCUGCUGCACUUCGCAUAGCUCAGAGGGUUCACCCUAAAGGUCAUUGAAAAAUAUUUGUGUUUCAUCUGGUCUAGAAGUUGCUUUAGAAAAAACAUGAUGCCAUAAUUUAUAAAAGCCAUUUUUUAAAACAAUAAAUUAGUAUGUCAGAUUACUUAACUUACUUAUGGAAAUACUUAUUGUAAAUGAUAGAGUGUAUGCAGUUAUUUUAAACUUUUAUUUUUUUACAUAAAAAAUAUUUUGUGAAAAUUGUAUGCAUGUGAACAAUCCUUGUCUUUUUUUCUGAUUAUGCAGGCACCGUACUCAUUACUGAUGCCAUUCAGGCUAUGGGCUUGCCUGAUGGUACAUAUCCAUUUGGUGAGCAGACCAUUGUUGUUGAGGGUCAGCGUUCAUACAUUAAAGGCACAAACACAUUAGCUGGAAGGUAAAUUAACUUCGUCUGAUCUGUGUUCUGUAGGGAAACCUGGUGUGUUGUUGUGGAAGUAUUGUACAGUUAAAUCCAGCACAUAGAUCUUAAAACCGCAUUAAGACAUUACCUAAUUAUAAUUAAUUAUUAUUUUCCAUUUGGAAAAUGCCUGCCAAUGCCUCCCAGCUUUACCUUUUUAAAGGAGGUGUAACCACUGUUGUUAUAUGGAAUAUUGUAAGCUGGCCCACUCAAGGGUUGAUGGUGAGACUUAAGUUUACAGCUGCAGAAGCUAGGGACAAACCUGGACAUCCAUUGUGGCCUGAUACUUCAGAAACCUCCCUACUUAUUGAAUUUUCAUAAAGUUCCUGUUCCACUUUGCAUUUAAUACCGGUAACUGGAAAAGAAAUUUUCUUUCUAUUUUCUCAAUGAUAUUCCAAUAGAUUUGUUGUGGGUAAGAAGUUAUGAAUGAAAUUAUCCAUUGAAACUAUCUAAUUUGAGGAAGUUGGCAAUAGACAGGAAUAUUUUAGCUCCCUUGAUGUUGGGAAUCAAGAUGCUGAUAAUUUAUUAUUUAUUUAUUUUGAUAAAAUUAUGUUCCCAAGUCUUGGUUGUAAAUUUGAGAAAAUUGUGACUAAUUAAUGAUGUUUUUUAUCUUUUAUUUCUUUGAUUUCAGCACUGCAACUCUCGACACCUGUGUUAGGUUAUUUGCUAAACAAACAGGUAACUAAAUUAUAUUAUACAUUUGUAUAUUUUAAAUAUUACCUAUGAGGAAUCUAAGAUUUCUAAUUUUAACAAGACUUCAACUAAAUUGCAAAAUUCUGAAACUUUACCUACAUGUGUCCUAUGUGUACGUUGCAGUUAAAUGUGAUCAAUUAAAAUUUAUUUUCUUAAGUUUGAUGAACUUAUAAUGUUGACUGCAGCAUGUUGUAUCCUGCAGAAAUUUAUUUUAAAAAUUUUGCUAAGAACACAAAUAUUACUUUUCCCAUGCAAUUACUCUUAGUCUUAGGCUGGUGCUGAGAUGUGAACUUGCCCAUUAAGCCAGGUUUGGAAUAAUGUAUUUUAAUAUUUUAAUGUUACAGACUGUGGACCUGAGUUAGCACUGGAAGCAGCCUCUCUACAUCCUGCUCAGCUGAUGGGCAUUGAAGAUAGAAAAGGAACUUUGAACUUUGGAACAGAUGCUGACUUUGUUUUGCUGGAUGACAGUUUGAAUGUCAAGGCCACUUACAUUGCUGGCAAAUGUGUUUACACUGCUGAUGCAAUAUAAAAAGUAUAUUUUGGAUUGAAUUAAGCAUUUUAAAAAAAAAUUAAUCCAUUAAUUUAUCUCAAGAUUUUCUUACACUGUGCUGGAGAUUUGUCUGAAUGAAAUAAGCUUUAACUUUACCAAUAUUUGUACAGAAAUAUACUUCUCAUAUUUUUACAUUCCAUUAUUUAAAAGUGUUUACUGUUACCACCAAUGUUACCCUUCUUAGUUAAGAUUGAUCACCUUAAUUUCAAAGUAAUUUUAGCCAUACACAAACGUAUAUUGCCUGGUAUGUUUUGUUUCAUUCACUUAUAUUACAUCAUAGAUUUUUUAGAUCAGAAGUUGAAUUCUUGUUUUGGGCAACUGGCUGGGACAGUCCGCAGGUCUAAAGUGCAGAACCUUUAGGGUUUCAAGUAGAGCUCGGCACACCCCCAGGCCAUUUUACAAGAAUUCCAUGGUGAACCAAAAGUGAUUCCAUGCAAAAAUAUACUAAAUAACACUGUAUUCAUAAUGGUUGUGUAAUGGCUUAAAGUAAAAGGUGUGACAUCACACUGUAUAGCUCAUUAUGAACUGCCCUUAUUGGACACAUUUCUGUAAUUGUGUUGACAAACUUGGUAAUAGGCCAACCAAUGCCCCUUUUUGCAUCAGUUAGGUUUUAUCAUCGAUGUACCUAUAUAUAGUCUGUGCUUUUCCUAGUCUUGGAGACAUGCGCUGCACACGAGUGUGCAAAGCUCUGGUUUAAAAAAUAGUAUUGUGGUUUAGACAUGGUUUUUAAAUCCCAGCAAUGCCAAAUAUAAUUUCAAUAUAAUCUCAGUCUCAAAAUU